UCUUGGCUCUCUGUUGCUAUAUAACGCUAGUUGGUAAGGUGACCCCUUGCGGGCGAUCUCCUGAUUAUCCUGGUUAGGUGGAAUGCAUUACUCUCGAGGAUUGCACGAAAGAUGUAACUGGACAUCUAUCGACUCUUGGACUGAGUGCAGAUGAAGGUUCUAGAACUGAAAUGAAGCUGAUAUUAGCCAGAGCCGGUGUUUUCUCAUUUGAGCAAAAACAUCUUACCCUGACUAUUUGCCCACGCCAUAGAGCAGACUUUGGCAUACGUUGGAGGACUAGGAAAACCCUUUGUGCAAUUCCCAAGGAUCUAGCGACACAUAAGUCCUCAAGUGCCAAAGGAAGCAACCGUGUGGAUAGCCGAAAAUCGAUGUACAUUUUUUGCAACACCAACACCUUAGUUCCAGUUGGGUCGCCAAUUUGUAGGCGAUGCGACGAGUUUAUCUGUGGGCAAGUUGCAGAUGAACAGACGCCGGCGGAGGGCACUGGAGCAAGUACUGUGUCUACCCCCAAAGAGCCUCGAGUGGUGCAUAUACCUGAACGGCAGACAAUGGUUCAUGAGAUGGAAACAGACCGCCCAAGAGAGGAAUCAAGUGUUGGCAGUGAGUCAUCUUCUGAUAGUCUAAAGACAGACUUGAUGUUUCAGGAAAUAUCAUCCCAGGGGUUGAAGGAUGACGAGACGUUUCUCGGUCCCGAUACUGCAAGCCUCGUCUCCUCAACGAGUGAAGAGAGCAUCACCUCAAAGCCAAAUUCCCGUGAAAAGUUGAACCAGUACCUGGUGUCCAAAAACAUUUAA